AAAUGGCGGUUUUUUAUUUAUUUGUUGUGACAUUUACUUGCCGCGAACAGGUACGUCGAAUAUUUUGCUGCUAUUAAGUUUAUCUAAUUUACCUGUGAAAAUUCUUUAUUUUCGAGUCUCUCUAUAAAAAAAAAAGAUGAGUGUUGGACUUGGACAACCUACAACGACCGCUGGAAGUACGUUCGGAAAAACUACUACAUCGGGGUCACUAUUUGGUGGUGGAGAUGCAACAAAAACUUUUCAAACUGGAGCUACCACAGAUAGCAAACCAAAUCUGUUCAGUGGCAGUGGAUCAUCUGCGUUUGGUGGUUUUAAUUUUGGAGCUAAUGCGAAAACCACAGCAUCGGCUGGCAUAUUUUCUUCAACACCAGCCACAACAAGCACUAGCUCGGCAUUUGGGUCAAGCAAACCGUUUGGUGCAUUUAAUGCUCCGCCGGUGCAAACUGUUGGCAGCCCCUUGUUUGGUCAAGCUACAAAAUCGGCUACAGAACAGCCAACAGCAUUUGGUGCAAGUCCACAAGCAGCUACCGCGUUUAGUUCUCCUGCUACACAAGCUCCAAUAUUUGGAUCUCCAUCAGGGUCAAGUUUCUCAUUUGGCAAAGCUGCUGGUGGAUUUACCACGCCAGCAUCGGGUUUCUCUGCUCCUGCAGCAUCAACAGCAUCGGUCCCACAAACAACACAAGCCUUUGGCCUAGGCUCAACAACACAAGCCACGGCCACACCAGGCUUUGGCCAGAGUUUUGGCUCUAAGCCAUUUAACUUUGGCUCUACUGCUACUCCUGCAGUUACCACAGCACCACCAGCAUUUGGGACAUCAACUGCUUCUCCAGGAUUUGGGUUUGGUCAAACACAACCGACUCAACAACAACCACAACCGUUGAAUUUAGGGACACCAACAACUCAACAAUCCGCACCACAAGCUGGCUUAAACUUAUCCGGGCAAACUGCCUCUGCUUUCGGAAGUCAGACUACAACAAGUUUUGGCAGCACUCAGCCUGUUAGCUUUGGAUCUACAGCUCCAUCUAGUUUCGGGACACCAACUCAACCACCUGCUUUUGGGUCAACUCAAGCUCAACCGCCUGCUUUUGGAUCAACUACGUCUCAGCCGCCUGCUUUUGGAGCAACUCAAGCUCCACCACCUGCCUUUGGAUCACCUCAAGCUCAACCACCUGCCUUUGGAUCAAAUCAAGGUCAACCACCUGCUUUUGGAUCAAGUCAAGCUCCACUACCUGCUUUUGGAUCAACUCAAGCCCCAACACCUGCUUUUGGAUCGACCCAAGCUCAACCACCUGCUUUUGGAUCAAAUCAAGCUUUUGGUGCUACUCAAAGUGCGCAAGCACCAGGAACAACUCAAACCACACAAGCUUCUUUCAGUACAGCUCAAACAACGCAACUGUCAUUUGGUGCGACUCCAACAAGUAAACCGUUUGGGACAACUGCAGGAGCUUUCGGAUCAACUGCCCAAAGUCCUGCAACAACAUCAUCAACGCAAGCUUUUGGAGCGACUUCCUCAACUGCAGCUUUUGGUGCUACUUCAUCAACUCCGGCUUUCGGAGCUGCAUCAACUGCAAACCUUGGAACGACUUCAACAGCCCAAGCGUUUGCACCACAGACCAGUACAAGUUUUGGCGCAAAACCACAGACAAGCCAACCAUUGAGUUUUGGAACAACUCCGUCUUCUUUUGCAACGACAACUCAACCUGCAUCAACUUUAGCGUUUGGCGCAACAAAAUCUCAACCAGUAUCAUUUGGAUCUACGGCUCAAACAACUCAAGCUACAUCACUGAGCUUUGGUACAGCUCAAACUAGUCAAGCGACUAGUUCGACGACUGCUGCCGGGUUCGGAUUUGGAACAUCAACUGCCAGCACUACGUCGAGUGGACUCGGUUUUGGAACUGGUCUGGCUUUCUCUAAGGCAACAACGACUGGCACUACUUCUAGUACUACCUCUGCCACAGCAACCUCCGGUAUAACAGCACUAGGCAAAUCUACUGCGACCACUAUGCCCACACUUAGUACUGUCACUACUAGUUCAGCCGCUACGGCAGCGCCCCCUGCAGCGAUAUCGUCGAUAACAUUCGCUCAGUUGGAGGAGAGCAUCAACAAGUGGACCCUCGAGCUGGAGGAGCAAGAGAGGACCUUCAUCAACCAAGCCACGCAGAUCAAUGCGUGGGACCGACUCUUGGUCUCCAACGGAGAGAAGAUUCUAGAACUGAACGAAGCUGUGGAAACCGUGAAGAAUGAACAAACUGGUCUGGAACACGAGCUGGACUUCGUGUUGGCUCAACAGAAAGAGCUGGAAUCGCUGCUGGCGCCGCUCGAGAAACAGCUGCAAGAAUCAUCUGGAGACAGAAUGAGAGACCCUGAGAGGGAGCACAUGUAUUCAUUAGCGGAGACUUUAGACACACAACUUCGUCAGAUGUCAGAAGACCUAAAGGAAGUCAUUGAACACCUCAAUGAAACUAAUAGAAGCCAAGACAGCAAUGAUCCAAUCGUACAAAUCGGGCGCAUACUAAACGCUCACAUGUCAUCGAUGCAGUGGAUAGACAAUUCUAUCGCGCAAAUCUCCACUAAACUGGAUACUCUCAAAGCCACGCACGACACUCUGCGACGAGAUAACGAGAGAUCAUUCCAACUCACUUAUAAUUAAUUAUUUUUUUAUACAAAUUGAUAAUAGCUAUAAACAAUGAAAGACUUGUGAUCUUGUCAGUGAUUAUUACAUGUGUUUUGUAGCAAAAGUUAUUUGAACAAUAUUCCUUUAAUUAAAUUAUAACGCAUAGCUAUUACGUUUAAUUUCCCUGCUAAUAGCAUCAUUUGACUAAUUAGAUAUAGACUUGUAUCACACCUAAAUUCCUCAACAAACUUUAGGGGGCGACGAGGGUAAACACACACAUUGAAUAUAUUUAACACCAUUAAGUAUAUUAUGUGUCCUUACACUACACACAGUUACUAUAAAUCGAAAUCAUUACUCAGAUUAAUAUAUUUUGUUCAGAUUUUUACUACAAUUAGUUGUUAUUACUAAGGAGAUGGUCCAUUUCAGAUCCACUCUUGUAUCCUAUACAUUAAAAUUUCAAAAUACAAGGAUUUUAUUAAAAUCUUAAGAAGUGAAUAAAUCUAACUAAAUAAAAAAAAAAGAAUAAAAGAAAAAGAAAUAAAUAAAAUUAAAACCCAAGUUUUUGAGUUAUAUCAAGAUGCCGCACAUAAAGCAACUAUGAAAUGACAAUUGGUAGUAAACGUUAAAUCGACUACUGCAUUGAAAACGUCAUCGCCAUUAUUACCCAUAGCUAGUGGUACAUUUCUUGGGAGAGAAUGAAUGUUAAUGUCGAAAGAAUUUAAGUAGAUUUGUAUAAUCAAAAAAAGUUAAAAAAAAUAUAUAUUUUCUUUUAUUUCCGCCAGGGUACAAUGACUGAUCCUGGGCUACAUACAAUUUUGGACCAUCUCCUUUGAUUUAUACAAGUUUAGAAAUUUAACGUAAACCUAAUUUUUUUGUAAAGUAGAAGUUGUUGACCGUUUUUUCCACCAUAACUGCACAAACCGGAAUUUUUUAGAACUCUUUACACAACACAAACGCUUACAACAAUGAAUAUCCAUUUUAUAUAAACAGUGUUUAUAUAGACGCGUUAAGUCGUUUGAUCUUGUACUUUGAUAAAUGGGUAACAUUUAACGAUUCAGGUCCAUAUCUAAUAAGUCUAUAAUAGUUAAAGUAAAUCUAUUCCAGGAAGUCUGUUAGAAUCUGGAUAUAGUUGUAAAGUGACUCCAACGCGUUUGUGUGUAUAAAUAAUCACUGCAGUGCACACAAAUACAGUUUUGCUAGUGUAUACACAAUAAGCUAGAUAAUUUUUUUGUGUACUUUAUGACAAUUUAUUUACAUGUACCUAAUUAAAUUUAAAAUACUAAGCAUUGUUGAUCAACUUGUAAUUUGAAGUAUUAAUUUACUAUAAAGAAUAAAUAUUGUAAUAACAAAAUUUACAAAUUAAAUGAUUGUUAUAAACAUU